AUGACCGGUGCUACUGAUGAGCCUCUACACGUGCUCGAUCUCCCACAACUCUACCAGAAGCCCUCCGGAACCGAGUUAGUGAAGGCGUUGGCUUUACUGAGCCUUCAGCCGCGCACAUUCGGCACAACUGCAGAUGUGGUUAAGGGCCCCGCAGUCCAGCCCGCAGGAGUGACUCGUUAUCUCACAUCCAUCAUUGCUAGUCCGUUGACAUGGCUUGAGACCGAUGAGCUGCGUGAAGCCAUCUGGGACGCCGCCGGUGCAAGACUCAGCGAGCGCUCUGGCCGAACCGCCAUGCCGGCUAUGUCGCGCAUGUUUAACGUUCCCACCUCCUCCGGCGACGAAUACACACUCACCUUGCACGAGCCCUCCAUCACGGCUGACAACCUCGGUAUGAAGACUUGGGUCUCUUCCUAUCUUCUCUCGCGCCGACUCCACACCCUCGAAUUGCCGGCAGGUUUUCCAAACUCGGCAGUGUCUUCCCCCACAUCUACUCAGCAGCGGCCUUUGCGGGCACUAGAGCUGGGCGCGGGGACAGGUCUGGUUGGUCUGGCGUUUGCAGCAGUUCAGGGCCGAUCUGCAAAGAUCCACCUCACUGAUCUGCCAGAAAUUGUCCCAAACCUUGCGCACAACGCUGCUCUGAACGUGGAGCUCCUCAACACGACCGGGGCGACUGUAACGACUGGCACGCUUGACUGGUCGGUCACACCGUCGCCCCUACCGAUAGAGGAAGAGCGGUAUGAUUUGAUUCUCGCAGCUGAUCCACUGUACUCGCCCAGCCACCCCAAGUGGCUGGUGGACACCAUCGGGCCCUGGCUCAGCCGUGGGCUUGGUGCGCGAGUCGUGACGGAGAUGCCACUGCGAGACGCAUAUCUACCGCAGGUCAAGGAGUUCCGGCAGCGAAUGGGCGAGCUGGGGUUGGUGGUCGUAGAAGAGGGAGAAGAGAUCGGUUAUGAUGACUGGGAAAGUGCGGAUGGAGGCGCGCUGGCCGUCAAGUGCUGGUGGUCGAUUUGGGGAUGGAGCGAGAAAGUAUGA